AUUUCUGUUCCUACUUCAAAAGUUAGUCGAACAUACUUAACAGCGUACCGUAAGCAUAUAAAAAAUGCAUAAAGGAGAAAUAAUAAAUAUUAAUUACGACAAAAUUAAUUACGAUGAAAUAGACGCAUUUAUUAUGCUUCCAUAUAUUCAUUAAAUAAACAUUUAUCUGAUAUUGUAUCUGUGCAUUUCCUGGAAUUAAUAUAGCAUAAUUAUGCAUUAGAAUGAUUAAUUUUAAAAUAUCCUUCAAAAGAACAAAGAAAAAUAAAUGUAGAAAUGAAGAAAUAUAUAAUUGUUAAUAUUAAAUAUUUCUUAAUAAAUGAUCAUAGUCAAUAAAUAUAGUACAAUGCAUAAUACAUACAGUGAUAUCAUAUGUUCAUAUAUCUAUACAAAGUUUGUUGUAAAAAUUAAUAUUGUGUUAUAUUAUUAAUAAAUCAAAAGAGCAUUAUAUUAAUAGAAAAAUUCUAUGUGAUGUUGUAUUAUCAAAGUAUAAUUAUAUACCAAUGCUCAAUAUAGUAAAGAAUUUAUUUAUUAUUAAACAAUGUCAGUUCCCUCUUGUUCAACAUAUACAGACUUACAUAUCUCAAAUAGUAAGGAAGAAACAGUAUAUGCAAAGUGGGAACGGUUUACUAAUUGGGUGCAUUGUAUAUGUAUCGUUACUUUUGACCUUGAAUUAGGUCAAGCUAUAGAGGCGGUUUAUCCAAAUCAUAUACAACUCUCUGAACAAGAAAGAUCUAAUGUAUGUUACUUAGCAUUUCCUGAUUCUAACUCUGGUUGUAUGGGAGAUACACAAUAUCAUGUAAGAAUAAGGCAGAAUGGAAAUAUGAUUCAAGAUACACCAGCUUUACAGGAGUAUAAUAGAAGAACACCUUGUUUUUUACAAUGUGAUAAAGACUAUUACUGGGGCUAUGUAUAUUUUCGUCAAGUUAAAGACAAAUCUUUACCAAGAGGAUAUUUCCAAAAAAGUAUCGUCAUCAUCACAAAACUGCCAUUUAUCAAUUUAUUUUGUGAAUUGUGUGCUUUGAUUGCACCAGAAUUUUUUGAUCGUGGAAGUGCAGUCAUGGAAGCAGUUAUAAGGGAGAUAGAUCGUUGGCCACUUCCUGGUCCUGGUCAAAUUGUUCAUUUACCUCUUAUGGGUGUUUUAUUUCAGACAUACAUUCCAAAUCAAAAUUAUAAGGCUGCUGUACCAUGUAUUGCAGCAAUGGAUCAUGCGCCAAAUGUGCAUGCAACACGAAGAUUAAUUUUAACAUCUGCAUACGAAAGUGAUAUGUUCAAAACUUUAGCUAGUGUAGUGAGUCAUAUACAUUUAUUGUGGGAGUUAGUAUUACUUAGUGAACCUAUUGUAGUAAUGGCUUCCUCACCAACUACAUGUUCAGAAAUGGUUCAAGCACUUAUCGCUAUGAUAACACCAUUGAAAUAUUGUGCUGAUCAUCGUCCGUAUUUUACGAUUCAUGAUUCUGAAUUUAAAGAGUAUACCACAGAUGCUCCUACUCCACCUGCUGUAAUACUAGGUGUCACGAAUCCAUUUUUUGCCAAAACUCUACAACAUUGGCCUCACAUUAUCAGGAUAAGUAAUGGUGGAACUAAUGAAACUCAGAAAUAUAGAAUAAAAAAAUCAGAGAAUCUCAAAGUAUUAGAUUCAAAACCAGGUGUUUAUACACAAUAUAAAUCUUUUUUGCAAAAAGAUAAAACAAUAUUAAAAAAGCUUUUGCGAGGUAUUCAGACAAAAAGACCAGGUGAAGCACAAACAGCUCUUUUAAAACGUCACUUGAUGGAAUUGACUGAAAGUUUUAUGAUUCCUUUAGAAAGAUAUAUUGCAAGUCUUAUGCCUUUACAAAAGGACAUAUCACCCUUCAAAGCAACUCCAAUACCACAAUUAUUUAAUCAAGAUGACUUUUUAGCUACGUUAAGUAGUUUGGGACCUCAAUUAACUACAGGUAUAAAGGGAGAUUGGGUAGGAUUAUACAAACGAUUUUUUAGAUCACCUAAUUUUUCGGGCUGGUUUCAUGCCAGAUAUACAGAACUAGCUCAAAAAUUACAGGUGAUACAAUUGGAAGCAUUAUCACAAGCUGACUUGAAAACAUGGGUACAAGGAAAGCAAGAAGUAGAAGUUGUGGAUAUGAUUCUUAGAAUUCGACAAAAAUUGGAGAAAAGUUGCGUUAAUGAUAUAUCCAUUGAUGAUACAAUCAAAAAGAAACUUCAAGAAAGAAUAAAUGACAUUACGCAUACAUUGCCAGAUGAUUUACAAGUUAUUUUAAGCCACGAGUCUUGACAAUACGAUUAUAUUAUUAAUUUUAAAACUCGUUAGUUUACUGCUAUUAGUUAAAUUGGGAACCAACAUCAUAUGCCAAUGUCAGUGCAAAUGCAUAAGCAAAAUUAAGCUUCCAAUACAUGAAGCUUCUAGAUUUUUAAACAUUGAUGACUAUGACAUAAACAAAUAACGUGAAUCAUAUACAUAUGAAAGACAUAAAAAAUGUAAAUUUAAAUGCUGACUGAACUUGUGCUAGAAUUUUAGAAAGGUUUUAGUUAUGCUUUAUUUCUUUAAUGUGUGUAUAUAUAUAUAUAAUACUCUUUAAAAAUAUUUAUAAAAAAAUGAAUUAUAUAUUAUCUAGUUUAUGUAUGAGAUAAGAAAAGAACUGUCUUUAAAAUGUUUGAAACUUUUUAAGUAACUUCCAUUUACACAUAAAAUUUUUUAAUCCAUAUUGCUUUUUACAUGUUUUAUUCAUAAAAGUUUCUUUUAAUUGGAACAAUUCAUGUUUCUUUGAUCUUUGAAAUUGAUAAGGCCAUUAUUCAUCCUUGUUUUAUUUCUUACAAUAUUAAAAAUCUUGCAUUCAAAUUUAAUAUUAUAUGCUCAUACCCGAGCGCUAUUUUUUAUUUUAUUUUAUAUAUAAAAUACUCUAUUAAAAUAUCAAGAAUCUCUCCAAAUAAAUAUGUAUACGUGAAUUCGAAGUUCACUUCUUUAUAAUAGAGAAAAGAUAAGAUUUAUUGAACAUGUGCAUUUGAGACAAGAAUUGUAAAUAUUAAUGAAUAUUAAGAAUGGAAUAAAAAUUUAUUUUAAUAAUA